UACUAAUUGCCUGUGGCGUGCUGUUGUCCACUAACAAACUUUGUUGAGGAUCAACUCACGUUUAUCUCCGUCAAUCCGCCUCUCAGGAAAUCCAACAAUGCCUACCACAGCAGAAUAUCGUACUGGAAAACGCCCUCGUACUCAGUCGUUACCUCCUCCAGCUCUCCCUCAGCUUGUCGCCGAGCAACAAGUGCCCAUACCCUCUAGUGAUAAGGACAGCCAAAGGCUCAUCGUCGUCCUAUCCAAUGCCAGCCUCGAGACAUACAAGGCGUCCCACGGCGGCGGCGCCGGCCGUGCCGGUAUGCAGCGCGACGACAAGUACUCGCUCCUCAACAGUGACGAACAUAUCGGAGUGAUGCGCAAGAUGAACCGCGAUAUCAGUGACGCCCGACCGGAUAUCACGCACCAGUGUCUCCUCACCCUCUUGGACUCGCCUAUCAACAAGGCGGGCAAACUGCAGAUCUACAUCCAGACAGCCAAGGGCGUUCUGAUCGAAGUAUCGCCAACUGUCCGUAUUCCCCGAACUUUCAAGCGGUUUGCUGGUUUGAUGGUUCAAUUACUCCACCGCCUGUCCAUUCGCUCGACCAAUUCUCAGGAGAAGCUUCUCCGAGUCAUCCAGAAUCCGAUCACUGAUCACCUCCCCCCCAACUGCCGCAAGGUCACACUGAGUUAUGACGAGAGUACGGUGCGUGUACGAGACUAUAUCCAAGGUCUUGGACCGAAGGAGAGCAUAUGUGUCUUUGUCGGCGCAAUGGCCAAGGGCCCCGACAAUUUUGCCGACGAGUAUGUGGAUGAGAAGAUCUCUAUUAGCCAAUACAGCCUCUCAGCUAGUGUCGCCUGCAGCAAAUUUUGCCACGCUGCUGAGGAUGCUUGGGAUAUCCUGUAGGUUGGCCUCCCAAGCUAAACCUUUUUUUUUUUUUAGAGGAGGAAUGCGAGAGGAGGGUAGGUAGUGGAACGUGUUAGGUAUGAAUAAUGAAUGGACGCUGACUUGCGGAAACCGCUAUACAACAUCGCGGCCGACGCAGGCAUCGCCGGAACUUGGGUCUUGGGGUUUUUGUUCUGUCUCUGUUUUUACAACCAAAACAUCAGGCGUUCAACAUGAGAUCCAAGACGUUUUCACCGUCUUAUGUGGGCCACUUCAACUUGGCCCACAACCCUCUUUCUUUUGUCUUUCUCCUGAAACUCUCCUGUCUUCAAUCACGCUGUCCCCUUUUUCCUGUCUGACAGUAGGAUUUGAGCCAACCGUGGCUCGACGUCUAAACUCGGUCGAGGCCGAGGUCCAGAGACGUAACCAGUGGCCUCUCACACGGCCAUACGGCCUGGGUUGGGGAGCGGGUCUAAUCUAU